AUGAAGUUCCUUGCGACCACCCUCUCCAUCCUCACCCUCUCAAGCGGUGCCCUCGGAUGCACCCGCAAAUGGAUGAAAUUCUACUCGGCUGAGCCCGCCACAACCGACGACCAAGCCAAGUAUAGCGCGGCCUGCGACGACAUCGCCGCGACCAUUGCGGACUUCAGUGCCGCCAACGAGAACAUCUACGGCUCGGACUUCACACAUGAGUUGACCAGCUGUGACGAGCCAGGCUCGACACAUUGGGACCCCUCGUGCUAUUGCAAAGUCUACGCCUGGAGGUUCCACGAGUGGCAGACGACCGAGAACAAGUUCGACCUGGGUGUCUGGAAGAUCAGUUAUGACUGGACACCUGUCGACGACGAGACUGUCGACUGCUAG